AUGGGCGUACGAGGUAUCAACCACAUGGUCGAUUGUGAGAUUUACCAUGACAAGACCAAAAAUGGAGCGAGCAAUUACAGCGUGGUAUUUGAAAGAAUGCCAAUGGACCUAUUUACCUAUGUGGAAAAGUUUGAUAUCCCUGAGCCUGUGGUGAAAGACAUUAUGUGGCAAAUCAUUUUGAUUCUUUGUGAAAUGGACAGCAAGUGCCAAUUGAUGCACAUGGACAUGAAACCAGAGAAUGUGUUGAUCGAUCCAGACACCAUAGAAGUUCGCCUAUGUGAUUUAGAGUUUUGCGUGCCAACUGAUGACGAGUGCAUAUCUUUGAAAUCAUAUGAAGUUUCCACACCUGCCUAUCGUGCUCCUGAGAGACAGUUCAAGAGCCCAUCCCCAGUGAAAGACCUGAAGUCUCAGCUCUACUACAACAUCAAUGGUUGUGUGACUGACGCAUCACGAUAG